AUGGCGGCAACGGCGGGCUCGGGAGCGCACGGACGCGCGGCACGCGCGCUCGAGCGGCGCCGUGGCCAAUUUGGCGUUGGCGACCCCGGCAAAUAUCGGGGUGUUACACACUGCUCGCCCGCCGCUCCGCCGCGGCCCCUCGCCGCGAAGCCCAGGGACGAGCCGGACCCCGACGACGGCAGGCAGAGGGUCGUCAUCUUCUUCGGGACGCAGACCGGCACCGCGAGGGCUUCGCCAAGGCGCUCGCUGAAGGGGCCAAGGCGAGGUACGACAUGGCCGUCUUCAAGGUACUACAUUGGUUGCUUUGAGCUUCAAGGAAGCUUGGAAGGAGACCUGGUACUUGGAAGGAUGGAGAAGACCUGGUACUUGGAAGGCCCCUGGAAAAAAACAGGCUGCCUGAGCAUCCAAACUGAUGUGAUUACUUCUGGGAACUGAUGUGACUGAAUGUUAAAUUCAGGCUGUAACUGAUGUGAUUACUUCUGCAAACUGAUGUGACUUCUGUAAACUUCUGUAAACUGUUGUUUCAGGCACUUUACAUGAUAAAUGUUAGUAAAAAUCCUUCCUGUAAAGGCUUAGUCAAAA